AUGGCGAAAUCGGAAAACUCAACGACUUCUACUUUCUCCUCUUUCGCCAAGAUUCAACCGUCCAACGAUGCCGACGCCGAUCCCGAUUCGUACGCCCUGGAGAAAUUCAGGCUCUACGAAACUCGAGCGAGGUUUUAUCUAGUUGGGAGUGAUAAGAAUAAAAGAUUCUUCAGAGUGCUAAAGAUUGAUCGUUCAGAGCCAUCUGAGCUUAACAUUAGUGAAGAUCCGGUAGUAUAUUCGCCUCAAGAAAUCAAGAGUCUGCUUCAGCGUAUCGCUGAAGGUAAUCGUGCUACAGGCGGGCUGGCUUUCGUGGCCAAAGUCUAUGGAAUUGCUGGUUGUGCUAAGUUUAUGGAGUCAUACUAUUUAGUUUUGGUUACAAAACGGCGACAAAUUGGAUGCAUAUGUGGGCAUGCGAUAUAUGCUAUUGAUGAAAGUCAAAUGAUCAGUGUUCCACAUGCAACUAUCCAAUCUGAUGUUGCGAAUUCUAAAACUGAAUUAAGAUACAAGAAGCUUCUGUCAAGUGUAGAUUUGACAAAAGAUUUCUUCUACAGUUACACUUAUCCUAUAAUGCAGAGUUUGCAAAAAAAUGUUUUAUCAUCUGGUGAGGAAGGAGUCCCCUAUGAUAACAUAUUUGUAUGGAAUGCGUAUCUGACGCAGCCUAUUCGAUCAAGGUGCAACAACACUAUUUGGACACUGGCAUUAGUUCAUGGCCAUUUUAAGCAGACAAGGCUAUCAAUAUAUGGAAGAGACUUCAGUGUUACUCUAGUCUCCAGACGUUCUCGACAUUUUGCAGGCACACGUUACUUGAAAAGGGGAGUGAAUGAUCGUGGAAGGGUUGCAAAUGAUGUUGAAACAGAACAACUUAUUCUUGAUGAAGAAGCUGGAUCAUGCAAGGGAAAAAUGAGCUCAGUGGUGCAGAUGCGAGGAUCAAUCCCACUCUUUUGGUCACAAGAGGCCUCAAGAUUUAGUCCUAAGCCUGAUAUUUUCUUACAGAGGUAUGACCCUACAUACGAGUCAACCAAAAUGCAUUUUGAAGACCUGGUGAGCCGAUAUGGAAACCCGAUCAUUGUGCUAAACCUAAUCAAGACAGUUGAGAAAAGGCCUAGGGAGAUGGUGCUAAGACGUGAGUUUGCGAAUGCAGUGGGUUACCUAAAUUCAAUAUUUCGUGAAGAAAAUCAUCUCAAAUUUAUCCACUGGGAUUUCCAUAAAUUUGCAAAGAGCAAGUCGGCGAAUGUAUUGGCUGUUUUGGGUGCUGUAGCAAGCGAAGCUCUUGAUUUGACUGGAUUAUACUUCAGUGGCAAGCCUAAAAUUGUUAAGAAGAAGGCUAGCCUACUUAGUCAUUCUAGCACUGGAAGGGAACCUUCUCUGCGUGAUCUAAGAGUUUACUCUGCGGAACUUUCAAGGGGUGAGAGUUCAAAUGAUAUACUUAGCGCUCUUGCUAAUCGAGAUAAAGAGGUGAAGCCAAGCCAACAAAAAAAAGAUGCUGGAGCUGAUUCUUCAGGUCCUCGAUACCAAAGUGGUGUUCUGCGUACUAACUGUAUUGACUGCUUGGAUCGAACAAAUGUAGCACAGUAUGCAUAUGGUUUGGCUGCUUUAGGCCGGCAGCUGCACGCAAUGGGGUUGAGUGAUACACCUAAGAUCGACCCUGACAGUAGCAUUGCUGCUGCACUUAUGGAUAUGUAUCAGAGCAUGGGUGAUGCCCUUGCACAACAAUAUGGCGGCUCAGCUGCUCAUAACACUGUUUUCCCAGAAAGGCAGGGGAAAUGGAAGGCCACAACGCAGUCUAGAGAGUUUCUCAAGUCUAUCAAACGAUACUACAGCAAUACCUACACCGAUGGCGAAAAGCAAGAUGCCAUUAACUUGUUUUUGGGAUACUUUCAACCUCAGGAAGGGAAACCUGCGCUCUGGGAGCUAGAUUCUGAUUAUUAUCUCCAUGUGUCAGGGAUUGGAGAUGAUAUUUUUCCAGAAAGCGGGGUCCAGUCCGUUGCUAAACCCAUGAGUGGUAUAGGAGUCAGUCUUGCACCAGUGCCGGCUUUCAGAGAAGACUUCUCCCGGAAGAAGCUGACGUCGUUUGACAAACUGAUAGAACAGACAUGCAGUUCAAUAAAGAACGUGAGGCUUUGUAGCGAAAUAGACCAAAGGCCAGGUGGCAGCACUGGAAGCACUGGUGUGGCUCCUGAUGCAGCUGAAAUUCAGCUCAAGAGCCCCAAUUGGCUGUUUGGUUCAAGAAAACCCGAAGAGAGUGGCUCAGCCACAAAACCUGGUGCAGAGGAUAGCGAAAAAGGAGUGACCUCGAGUGAGAGAGUCAACGAUUUCUGCAACUUGGAUUGGCUUUCUGAGCCCAACGAUCAUCAGGAAGAUAUCUUCCAAAGGUACCUAUCGAUCACAUCAAGCAAUGAAGCCAAUGGUUGGUAUGGUGGUACCCUCCUCGGUGACCAAGAUGAAAACAGCGAAAUUUACAGACAUUAUGCUGCCUUCUGUCAGUGUCCAGCGAUGGAACCGUUUGAGAACGACCAUGAAUUAGAACAGAACUCUGCAAAAGUUAUCCGUAUGAACACAGUCGAUGUAAUGGAUAUUGGAGAAGCAGAAACGGAGAUGGAAAACGCUUUAAAUGAAUACGCUCUGAUCGGUGGCAAUCUCGGGAUCAUUCCUACACAAUGCAAAUACUUCGCCAGUGAUCCUUGUUGGCUAGCCAGAUGGCUCGUUGGAGAUGAUAAGAUCCCGAAGGUCAUAUAA